CGGCCAUUGGGCCGCGCAAAGCCGCUCAGCCCGCCGGUCCCGUGCACCGCGAUCCCGUUUGACGUUCUGACGGCAGCGAUUCGUGAUUGACAGACGGCUCGAGGACACAAAUUGAUCGCGGAUGACGCUCGGGCGCACUGCCUCCUGCACCCCGGGACGCGCGCCGCCGCUGGUCUCUGUGAGGAAUAAUAAGAAGCGAUAAACGGCGCAGAGUGAAGCAGAAGCGGGAUAUUUCUAUAGAAUCUGAAGGAUUAAAGAAGGUGCAUGCCACCUUUUCCCGUGUCUCCCUGGAUGGAUACCAGUCCUGCCUCCCCGUCCUCCUCCGUGGUGGCAGGCGCUCCCUCCCUGUGGCGGCUGGCCGACAGGAGGAGCAGGAAGACCGGCUCGGGAAACAUCUUUAGCAACGUGAACCUGUGGCAGCUCCAGCGGCUGUUCAGGGCGGCGGGCGACGAGGACGCCGAGCAGAGGGCCCAGCUGGUCUGGGGUCACAGAGACGAGGCGGAACUGGCUCAGGCGUUGAUCGGUCUGCGGGCCCGGAGUCACCGGAGAGGCCUGAGGGCUAAUGGAAAAGACGCACUUGGUUCACACUGGCUGCGAGCCUUCAAUCACCUCAGGAUCGGGGAGAGCUCGGUGAGCAGCCAGGGGCCAGAUCCCAGAGAGGAGAGCGAUCCUGGUGCAGGAGCACAGAGCAGUCCAGAGCCUCACAGACACAUCCCAGGAGGAGCGACAGGAAGAGCCACUUCCUCAGCGCUACACGAGAGCCCGGCUCCUGCAGGAACCUCUGAGCGGACAGUCAGAAGCAGCUUCGGACUGAGGAGGGGAGGAGAAAGCAAUCCGGAGAGAUAUCUCCACCGGGUACUCCACUGACUGCAACGCCAAACCUCUUCAGUUUGAGGUGAAACUGCCGCUGGUUAAAAAAAAAAACUGCCACUUUUCUCACGCUGGCGUUUCUGCAGUCACAAAGGCAGAACAGGACUCUGGUGCUUGUUGCUUUCAGCAUGAAGCGCUGACUGGUUUAAGGUCUCUCAACAUUGUUACCUCUUAAAACUGCCUUAUGUAUUUUCCUAAACUCAUCCAACUAUAAAACAUGCAUCAUAAAAACAUUAUGUAUGUUCUCAGUUUUUGUCAGUCUUUUUGUUUUUUUGUUCAUCUGCACUUUUAUCAAACCGUUUCAGUACUUUGACCAAAUUCUGUGAUGUUUCUUCUGUAUAAACAAAUGUUUUGUUAAUGUCUACGUGAAUUAUGUCUACAUGAAAACUGAGCACAUUUUAGACUCAGCUGUUAGAAGUAGUUAAAAACUACAGGGGAAGUCAAUUCUGGAGAUAGUUUUUAGGACUUUUUCUAUGUCUGUGCCAAAAAAAAAGUAAAUUAGAGUUAUAAAUUAGUUACGACCAACAACACAAUCAUAUAUAGAUUUAAACUCGCAGCCCCUGUAGGAUAUUAGAGGAAGUAAAAGACAAACACUGUAUAGGGCACAGUCACAUGUUUUGAGUCAACAGGUCAAUCGUUACACACUAAUCUGAACAUACUGUUGAUCUCAUCUAUGAUUGCACAACGACUUUAUCAGCAGUUCUAUAGACAGUUUGUACCACAUAAGCCCAUGUAUGUGUAACUGUCAUGUGUAUAAAAACCUUAAAAUGUUUUUUCUUUAUGUUUUAAUUACACUGACUGGUUUUAAAAAGCAUCACACUUGAGAUAUUUUGAUCUUUAUCCACCUUGUCCCUGCUGUUUGUGAUUUUACACAAUAUUACACACAGACACGGUAGGAGUGUGAGUAAUGCAAGUCACAAGUUUACCAUCCAAACUGGUUAUUAACGUCAGUUUAUGGAACUUGGAGAGAAUGAAAUGCCCACAGAGAGUCAAAAGGACACAACAGAUGGUUUUUGAAAGCUAUGUUUACUCAGUUUGUUUAGAUAAUCUGACUAUUUGGGUUUAAAGCAUUUGUGUCGCUGCCAAUUCAGUCAAUGUGAGCUUUAAUCCAGCAGCUGAAUCAGGACCUUUAUCAAUCAAUAGUGAGUAUUUAAGACGUUUCCUCAGGCUGAACUGGUCAGAUCAGACCGAAAUGUGAAAGGAGACAACGGUAAGAAUCCCUUAUUGGCAGGAAAAGUACAGAGAGUAAAAACCUUUUUUAAUGAAUUCACUAAGUUCUUAACCCUGCCAGAGGACCAAAGUGAGUUCAGGACCUCGCUGUACCUUUUGAAAAUAAACUGCUGAAAAUGCUGUUACAUUCUUUUAAAAACUGGACUGUUUCAAUAUGGGGUUU